UUUUUGCAUCUUCCACUGAAAAUGUUCUAAGACUCCUAUCAACUGGUUCUAAUUCUUUUUUUACUACCUGUACUAAAAGAAAAGAAAAGAGAAGGAAGAAAGAUAUUCGAAGCAAUUUAGUGUGUGUGUGUGUGUGAUAUGGCUGAACGAAACUGGGUAGGAGCUGUUGAUAGGAUUCUAAGAGUGUUGGGGUGUUCACAUUUCAAGGAUGCUACAAUUUUCAAGUAUAAUCAUAAGUUGAGUGCGAUGGAGAAUGAGUUUCAGAUGAUCCGAGCUUCAUUUGAUGAUGCAGAGUUGAUGAAGACGAUCCCACCUUCAUUUUAUGAUGAUGAUGGUGGUGCAGAGUUAUUAGACAAUGCACUUUAUGAUGUUGAUGAUUUGUUGAGAGAAAUGUUGGCUGUGUGUUUGAGAAGACGCCAUAUGUCUUCAACCAAAAACAUACUAUUCACUACUCUCAACUCAUCAUCCUCAAUCUCAAACCUACUCUCCAAAAUUGACAAGAUCAUGAGUAUGAAAAUUGUCAAACUAGACAGACAAUCAUCAUUAUCACUUCAUGAACUUGCAACAAGAGAUGUUGAAGACGUUGUACCGAGGCCGAGGGAAGCUCACUCUUCUUCUUUUUCAUCUGGAUUUGACGGAGAAGGAGUUGUUGGGAGGAAAAAGGAACAAGAAGAAGUGAAAGAGUUGUUGUUGCAGAAAGAUCUUGAAGAGAAUGUAUUAGUAAUCCCCAUUUACGGUAGGGGAGGAGUAGGGAAAACAACACUGGCUAAAUCUGUUUACAAUGAUGAGAUGGUUGCAAACCAUUUUCAUCUAAGAAUUUGGGUUUAUGAUGGUGGUGAUGCCUUUAAUCAGAUAUCAGUUAUGAAGAAAAUCGUUGGGUCUAUAACAGCUAAUAAUGAUGAUGAUCGAGAUUUGUAUGUGUUUAAUGAAUUGAAAACUCUUAUAGUUAAAGAAAUUAGACACAGGCGAUUUUUACUGGUUCUUGAUGAUGUGAAGGAAGUGGAUGAAGAGAGAUGGAAGGUGGUACUUGAGAUAUUACUAAAGGGUGGAAAUGGGAGCAGAGUUAUUGUUACAACUCGUCAUAUAAGGGUUGCACAGAUUACUGGUAGUAAUAUGAAGAAACAAGAAUAUGAAUUGGAUGUGUUGAAUCGAAAAGAUUCUCUGAAACUAUUGCUGCAUUUAGCAAACAAUUCUGAGUUUGAUGAAAUUGGAGAAAAGAUUGUUGAAAAGUGUGGUGGAAUCCCUUCUGUGAUUAGAGCAGUAGGAGGAAUAUUGUCUUCCAAACAUACACGAAUAGAGUGGGAAGAAUUUGAUCGGGAGCUAAGUCGAAACGUUUUAAAUUCUUCAUUAGAACUGGAAAAUAGAAGUGAAUCUGAAGUUGUUGUAGUGCUUUCUUUGAGUUAUGAUCAUUUACCAUCUGUUUUGAAAGAUUGUUUUGCUUUCUGUGCAAUUUUUCCUAAAGAUUAUGAAAUUGAUGUAGACACACUCGUAUCUAUGUGGAUGUCUUUGGGGUUUAUACAAUCAGAUGAAGAUGUGGAGGAAUUGGGUUAUGGAUAUUUGAGGGAUUUAAUUCGAAGAUCGCUUUUACAAGAAACUAAGAAAGAUGAGUAUGGUAAGAUUAAGAAAUGUAAGGUGCCUAAUUCAAUGCAUGAAGUUGUGAGGAAAGUGACUCAGAAAACUUAUGCUACUCUAAGUUUGAAGGAGGAUCAAUGUGGUCGUAGACAUGUAUCGUUUGAUUUUCAUUUGGAUUCAUCAUGGCAUGUUUCAAUCCCAUCAUCUGAGUUAGGGAAGAUUAGGAGUUUGAUUUUGCCUAGACAAUAUGUAAGGGCAAUUGAAGGAAGAUCAAGCCAAUCAAUUUGUGAUGUGAUUCGGAAAUUGAAGUGGAUUCGAAUGUUGGAUUUGCAUAAUUCUGGCAUCAAGAAAUUAACAAGUUCUAUUGGUGAGUUGAAGCUUUUGAGUUAUUUGGAUCUUUCUCAUAAUGUGAAUAUCAAGAAAUUGCCAAAUUCUAUUUGUGGGCUAUAUUUUCUGGAGACUUUGAAACUCAACCGUUGCAGUAAUCUUAGGAAGCUGCCUAAAGGCAUUAUUGUGUUGUUAAAUCUUAGACAUCUUGAAAACAAGUCAUGUUAUCGUUUGACUCAGAUGCCAAGAGGACUAAGUGAACUAUCAAAUCUUCGAACAUUAUCAGAAUUCGGGCUGAGUAAGGAGCCUACUGAUUUUCCCUCAAAGCCAAAGGGCAAGCUCGACGAACUAAGUAGUCUAAACUACCUGAAAGGCGAGCUCAAAAUAAAAAAUUUGACAAAUCCAAAAGAUGAUAAGACAGCAGCUGCAAACUUGGAAGAGAAAAAAGAUCUUUUAUCUUUGAUUUUGAUUUGGGAUAUUGAUGCUUGUGCUAAUGAAGCUGAUUAUGAAGACGCACUAGAAGAUCUUAAGCCACAUCCAAGCCUGAAAGAGCUGUGUAUAUCUACUUAUGGUGGUAGCAAGUUUUCGAGCUGGCUUCCAUUGCUUAAGAAUCUUGUGAAAUUAUCAUUAUCGAGAUGCAACAGAUGCCAUUGCCUACCGCGGCUGGAUAAGUUGAUUAAUCUUCAAGUAUUGGUAGUAGAUGAGUUGAUAGAGCUUGAAUAUAUUGUGGAAAAGGCAUCAAAGAACCGAUGGAGAACAUGGUUUUCAUCAUUGAAAGAGCUGAGACUUAGUAAUUUGCCAAAGCUAAAGGGGUGGUGGAAAGAUGCUUCAAAAAAUGCUACAUUUAGUUGUGUUUCUAAAUUGGUGGUUGAGGAUUGCCCCUUUCUCACUUCCAUGCCUUUGUUUCCAUGGCUAGAAGAACUACUAGUGCUCAAAAACACAAGUUGGGAGCCAUUCAAACGGACUAUGGCAUUGCCAGCAACACCAACACAAGAAGCAUCAUCAUCAUCAUCAUCAUCAUCAUCAAGUUCUCCUCUCUCCAAAUUGAGAGAACUACAUAUCAUGGAUAUGUCCAAUUGUGAUCCAAAUAUGUGGCAGUCCCUUCACAGCCUCCGUUCUGUGACAUUGGAUCAUGUUGCUGACAUAAAUGUUCAGCUUCAAAAACUUCAAGAACUGACUACUCUGCAGGGACUCCACAUACGGGGGUGUGAUAGUUUAAUGGAAAUUCCGAGGUGGAUCAGCAACUCUGAUUCGCUUAGGACAGUUUCAAUCAAGCUAUGCCCCAACUUGACAAUACCGCGGGAGAGACUUAGCCUCAUUUCCACUUCAAAAAAGGUGGAGAUUGAGGAUUGUCCUCGAGUUUCUCACAUCGAAACCAUGCUUAAAGAUCCUCUGUACACUCAAUAAUUCAAGCUCCUCUGGUGUAUCAGGAAGAAUUGUGUUGCUGUGUUGGGUGGUUGAUGUUGUUGCUUCUCAGGCUUGUUAAUUUUUCCGGUCUCUCCAAGUUGGUGGUUUCGUUCCUUGUGAUUUGGUUGUGUUGUUGAGUUUGUAAAUGUCAUUGGUAUUGUUUCGUUGUGUUUUUAUUUCUGAUGUUAUGAUUUCAUAGUUUGAUGAAUGAAAGUAUUAAGUGUGGGAUACUGCUUUAGUUUGGGGUUUUUUCAGCAUAUGAUUAUCUUAUGAUGCUUUUUCCCCUUAUAAGUAAGUCCACCCUUUUAUUA